AUGGCCGACAAAAUGGACCUGGAGAUUGUGAUCGUUGGUGCCGGUGCGACAGGAUUGCUGGUCGCGCAGGGAUUGAAACUGAACGGCAUCAAGGCCACCGUCUACGAACGCGAGGAAGAGUCUACAUAUCACACUCGGCCUCGAGAAUGGGGAAUGACCCUGCACUUCGGCCAAGAGUACCUGGCCAAAUGCAUCCCGCCCGAACUCAUGGCUCGUCUGGGUGAGGCGUACUGUGAUACGUACUACACGGGCAAGCACACCUCCUGGCCCAUGUUCAAUGGCCAGACGGGCGAGAAGUUCUUCGACAUGCAAGGGUUCAAUCCUCUGCGCGUGUCGCGGCGCAAACUCCGCGCCCUGCUGAGCGACGGCAUCGACGUGCGAUAUGGCCGCAAGAUCGUCUCGGUGUCCCAAUCCAACGGGUCCGCAACCGCGACCUUCGCUGACGGCAGCACGGCCACCGGCGACCUUAUUGUCGGCUGUGAGGGUGUCCAUUCCUGCGUACGUGAAGCGCUUGUCGGCAAAGACCAAGCCGCCAACACCCCCAUCGAUAUACAGAUGUUCAACACCUGCUGGACCCUCCCUGCCGACGUUGCCCUACUGCAGCGCAAGGCCCACCCCAUAUUCCGCAUCGGCUACCACCCGAUGGGCAUGAGCUGGGUGACGGCGAUCCAAGACGUCAAAGACCCGAACGACCCAUCCACGUUCCUCUUCCAACAGUGCCUCUCGUGGCCCGGCAGACCACACGCUGAAGACUUCCCGGACCAACAAUCCAAGAUCGACUUCAUCAAGUCCAAGGCUGAAGCCUACGCCGAACCUUGGAAGAGCGCGGGCCGCAACGUGCCCCUCGACCUACAGCUGCAAGUCGACGCGGUCACGAUGUGGAGCCCGGAUAUGGACUGGUCGACCUCUCCGCUAUGGCCGCACGUCACGCUGGCUGGGGACGCCGCGCACAAUAUGCCCCCGUUCCGCGGGCAAGGGCUAAACAACGCGUUCCAAGACGCCGAGAAGCUCGUGUCGGAACUGCGCGAGGCGCAAAAGGGGGCCAAGACGCUGGAGCAGGCCGUGAGGGCGUACGAGGAAGAAAUGAAGACACGCAGCCUGAAGGAGAUCGAGAUCAGUCUGAUGCAGAGUCGCAUGGUGCAUAACUGGGAGACUCUGAUGGGCGCCCCCAUGAUUAAGGCCGGCAUGAAUGCGUACAGAGAGGAAGUCAAUGGCCACAUAGAAACGGCCACCGGCGGCGAGGUGGACAGCGUGAAGUAA